UCAACAUAAGUAACACCGAGGCCAUGAACAAACGUUUAGCUUUACAUUAACUCACCACAAAGGUUAGCUCAAAUACUAGAUAUAAAUUAUGUAUGUAGGACGGAUAAUUCCAGUUUAAUUUAUCAUAAUUUUAAGUACUAUUGUCAACCAAACACACCAAAAUUUAUAUCAAGCUUUGUACAGCAUAUCUAGUUAAUCCCUCUCAGCCUCUUACAUGAAAAUGAUCUCUUUUAAUCACUUAUAAAUUAAAUAGAGGAUAAUAACUUUUUCAGAUUCUUAUAAUAAAAAAAGUAUGAAAAUCCCUUAUUAAAAAUCAUAAAACUAAACACUAAUUUGUAAAAAGUUUAAAAAAAAAAAAAAUCAUCUCUCACCAAGUGAGUCUUAAAAAAAUCAAACAGAGUCUUCCAAAAUUUAGAAGUCCCGCCCAAAGUGGUUGAGUACAUCCAUCAUCUACUAGUAGGUAAGGAUAAACUCGAAAAUUAUUGAUCCUUGUAAGCAAAAAUAAAUUAAAUUUAAUGCAAUGCAUAAAAUUUGCUACACUUUCGGAUAAACUUAUCUGCUAUUUCAGGUUAUUCAAAUGAAUAUUUCCUAUAUUUACCUUAAACUCAAAAAAGAAAAAAAGAAACAGAAAGGGUAAAAGAGUCCAAUCAAGUUUCAAAUAAUUUGCGCUUGCAAACUUUUGUCUCAGGUACGCGCAAAUUCAGUAGUUUUAUUUCAACUUUUUGGUUAUAUAUAGUUACAAACAAAUAAAGAGAAAGAGAACAAAGCCCCAUACCGCCAAUUCAAAGCAAUCAUCAUAUAAGACAUAAUAAACACAACUGCAUUAAUAUUGAAGUUGAAAAUCUUCUUCACUUGUUCACAAUUUAGGGACGCACAAACAAUAAAUUCUUGUGUGUAUAUGGAUGAGUGUGUGUAAGUGUUGAAGAAUUUUGUUAUUUAAGUUGGCAAAAUUGAAGUUUUGGUGUUAUUCUUGGAGUAAUUGAAGUAGUGGGUAUUGGAUAAAUUUUGAAAAUGGGGGAGGAUUCUUGUAGAAUGGAAGGGUGGCUAUAUCUCAUUCGGUCUAAUUGGUUUGGGCUUCAGUAUUCAAGGAAACGUUACUUUGUUCUUCAUGAUCUUCUUCUCAAGAACUAUAAAUCUAACCCUGUUUCCAACAAUCUGGAUCAUGUUAGAAGUGCUGUUAUCGAUUCCUGCAUUAGGGUGACGGACAAUAGCAGAGAGAGCAUUCAAAGAAAGGUCGUCUUCAUAUUUACCCUAUACAACUCCUCAAAUCAUAAUGAUCAGUUGAAGUUAGGAGCAAAUAGUCCUGAGGAAGCAGCAAGAUGGAUUCACGCCCUGCAAGAAGCAGCUUUAAAGGCAGACAUGAACAAAAGAAGUGCAGCUGAUUGUCCAAUGCGUGACUCACAGUCUUUGAGGUUAAAUUGUUCCAACAAAUCUAAUCAUCCGAAUUCCAUUGAUUGGACUUUCUGUUCAUCCUCAGUGGCAGAUGCUACAACAUCUGAUGUUGUUGCACCUGCAUCCCGGACAAUAUUUGGUUGUCAGAAUGGUCUUCGGCUAUUUAAGGAAGCUAAGGAUAGGGAAUCUCAUAGGAAGUGGGAUGAUCACCCUGCAAUAAUGGCUGUUGGUGUAGUUGAUGGAACUUCAGAGGCCAUUUUUCAAACACUCAUGUCACUUGGUCCUUCAAGAUCAGAAUGGGAUUUUUGUCACUAUAAGGGUAGUGUCAUCGAACACCUAGAUGGUCACACAGAUAUUGUUCAUAAGCUUCUACGUUGGGAUUGGCUACCUUGGAGUAUGAAAAAAAGAGACCUUCUUUUGCGACGUUAUUGGAGAAGGGAGGAUGACGGAACAUAUGUUAUUCUAUACCAUUCUAUGUUUCAUCAGAAGUGUCCAUGUCAGAAGGGCUAUGUCCGCGCCUGCCUUAAAAGUGGAGGAUAUGUAAUAUCACCUGUGAAUCAAAGGAAGCAGUCAAUAGUCAAGCAUAUGCUUGCUAUUGAUUGGAGAUCCUGGAAGUCUUACUUACGAACAUCUUCAUCCAGAUAUAUAACAAUCCACAUGUUAGGGAGACUAGCUGGUGUGUUUUACUGCGAGAUCAGUUUAUUCAUGUUUACAUAUUAUGACUGCUCAUGGGGGCUCAACCUGUGCUUUACUGCUGCAUUUGUAGCUUUAAGGGAGCUUUUUAUAGAAAAAUUAGGAGAUUGCUCUUCCUCGUAUUUUUUGGAGGAGAAGGUGAGAGACAAAAGACUGCAUCAUAUUGAAGAAGUUAAGGUUGAAAUACAAACCAGACCGGAAAAUGGGAAGAAUAUGGCAGAUAUGGGAGAUGAAGAAGUCCCUAAAGAACCUUCUGAACAUUCAAGCUUGAUAGGGUUAAAUGAUGCAUCAGAUGAGUUUUUUGAUGUCUCUAAACCACUUGAUUAUGAUGAAUCCGAAAAUGGCUGGCCUGAUGAUUUUGGCCCAGAGAUGCACUCUCAGGAUACACGGCAUGCCAGAUUACCAUCUGCUGCUGGUUUUGUGAAAAAGUGGCAUGAUCUUGCUGUUCACAAGCGAGGUUAUGUAGAUCUGCAUGAAAUGGCAAAGGAAGAUACAUUGUUGUGCCACUAUGGAUCCACUUUUCCAAAGGAUCCAACUUUUAAUUUGCCUUGCAGUUGGGCCCAAACAGAUCCGUCAACUUUUCUUAUUCGGGGAGAGACUUAUCUAGAAGAUAGUAAGAAGAUUAGCUCAAGUCUGAGAAGCGAGAAGAUGAUCUUGGCGGUCGCCCUGGGGGCAUUGUUCAGGUAUAUUCUCUUGAUUCCUUCAGGUACCAGGGUCAACAACAUUCAAUAUUGUUCUCUACUAUAUGAUGGACAGUCCUUUAGAAAAUGCAGCCUUGCUGGAGAGUUUUGUCAAAGGGGAUGAUGCUUACAGAAAUUCGAGGUUCAAUCUCAUACCAUACAUAUCCAAGGGACCAUGGAUAGUCAAGCCGAGUGUUGGAAAGAAAGCAUGUCUUGUAGGUCAGGCGCUUGAAAUUAAUUAUUUUCGAGGAAAGAACUACUUGGAGCUUGAUAUCGAUGUUGGUUCUUCUACUGUGGCAAGGGGCGCUGUAA